GAGAGUGCUGGCUCCCACCUACAGUUGCAGGACAACUCGGCUCUUCUGGUCUCCCCUUUCCCUGCCCAUCCAGGUGAGGCCCGUGUCCUCCUUGGAGCCUCCCCUGAGCUUGUGGGAGAGCUCCGAGCUGGCUGCGUUGCUGACCUUAACUGGGGGGAGUGGGAUGCCAUGGCUAACUCAGAGAGCGACGAUGACAGCUUCAUGGCUGUGGAUGCUGAGGACGCUGUGGCUGAAGGGACCAUGGAUCAGGAUGAGCAAACGUGCGCUGCCCCUCCCCAGGAGGAGGAGGAGGGAGGGGCUCGGCCUCGCAGGUCCAUGCAGGAGCUGCCGGAAGAGGUGCUCGAGUACAUCCUGUCCUUCCUCUCGCCGUAUCAGGAGCACAAGACGGCCGCCCUCGUCUGCAAGCAGUGGUAUCGCCUCAUCAAAGGGGUGGCCCACCAGUGUUACCAUGGCUUCAUCAAGUCAGUCCAAGAAGGGAACAUCCAGUGGGAGAGCCGCACCUACCCCUACCCUGGCACCCCCAUCACGCAGCGUUUUUCGCACAGUGCCUGUUACUAUGACGCCAAUCAGUCGAUGUACGUCUUUGGGGGCUGCACCCAGAGCAGCUGCAACGCUGCCUUCAAUGACCUCUGGCGGCUCGACCUCAACAGCAAGGAAUGGAUCCGGCCCCUGGCCUCAGGUUCCUACCCGUCACCAAAGGCCGGGGCGACCCUCGUCGUGUAUAAGGACUUGCUGGUGCUGUUUGGUGGCUGGACACGGCCAAGCCCUUACCCCCUCCACCAGCCAGAGAGGUUCUUUGAUGAAAUACACACCUACUCUCCUUCCAAAAACUGGUGGAACUGCGUGGUGACGACCCACGGCCCCCCUCCCAUGGCCGGCCACUCCUCCUGCGUGAUCCAGGACAGGAUGAUCGUCUUUGGAGGCUCUCUCGGGUCCCGGCAGAUGAGCAGUGACGUCUGGGUGCUGGAUCUGGAACACUGGACCUGGUCGAAGCCAAACGUCUCUGGCCCUGGGCCUCACCCACGCGGAGGCCAGUCCCAGAUUGUCAUAGAUGACGAAACCAUCCUGGUCCUUGGGGGCUGUGGUGGCCCAAAUGCGCUUUUCAAGGACGCUUGGCUACUGCAUAUGAGCUCCAGCCAUCCCUGGGCGUGGCAGCCCCUGAAGGUGGAGAAUGAAGACCAAGGAGCCCCCGAGUUGUGGUGCCACCCGGCAUGCAAGGUGGGGCAGUGCGUGGUCGUCUUCAGCCAAGCCCCCAGCGGGAGGGCACCGCUCAGCCCCAGCUUGAACUCGCGCCCUUCUCCCAUCAGUGCCACACCACCAGCCCUGCUUCCUGAGACGCGAGAGUACCGCUCUCAGUCUCCUGUUCGGACCGCAGAUGAAGCCCCCUGCGUGAACGGCCGCUGGGGCACCCUGAGGCCCCGGGGGCAGAGGCAGACACCUUCUGGGUCCCGUGAAGGAAGCCUUUCGCCGGCCAGGGACGAUAGCUCGCCGGUGCUGAACAGCAGUGAGGCCUCGUCUCCCGGCACCACAGCCGUGGGUGGGGCCUCUCCAGACAGCCCACUCCAGCUGCUUUCACCAAGCACAGCUUCUGCCACAGAAGGCUACGAUCUGAAGGUCGGCGUUCCCUUGGCACCGCGACGGGGCUCUCUCCCUGAUCAAAGGGACCUGCAACUGGCAGCUGCAGAUUUGACCUGGGAGCCCAAGCCCUCUCCUCUCGUUUGCCAGCCGGAUAGUGCGGAGAGCAGGACGGUCAGCCUAGCAGGCCCCAGGAACCCCCCCGAGCAGACCAAUGGCGCUCACACCCCACCUCAUGUGUCCAGCUCCUUGGGGGGGGCAGUUUCUCCUAGUGCACUGCGGCGGAGCCUGGAGGCAGUUCAGGCGCUCUCCUCGAAGGCCCUGCCCACUUUGGCAGUCCAAAGCCCUCCCACGGUGCCCUCGCCGGGAUCCCCAGGCAGCCAGAGCAGUGCCAACCCCACCGAAGCAGCUGUGCCCACUGGCCCUCGACCCGGCUCUGCUCAAGGAGAUGGGCAUGCCUUACCACCCAUUGCUCGUCGCCUGGGCCACCAUCCACCUCAGUCACUGAAUGUGGGCAAGCCCCUGUACCAGAGCAUGAACUGCAAGCCCAUGCAGAUGUACGUGCUGGACAUCAGAGAUGCCAAGGGGUGCGGGCGGGUCCACUGGAAAGUGUUCCACAGCAACGCUGUGGUGGGGCCGCCCGAGACCAGCCUGCACACCGUGGUGCAGGGGCGGGGGGAAGUGAUCAUCUUCGGUGGCUUGAUGGACAAGAAGCAGAACGUCAAAUACUAUCCCAAAACCAACGCCUUGUACUUUGUGCGCGCAAAGAGAUAACGUGGCCGUGGGCAACCUCCUCUCCCCCUGCCCUGGCCCCGUGGCUCCCGCUGAACCGGUCCGCCCUGCCCUGCGCACACUGUUAAGCAGGUUGUGAAUGUGGCAUUCCACCCACCAAUAAAGAGAUCUAAGCA